AUGCUACUACAAUGGGCCCUGUUUUCAUACAUCAACAUUCUGUCGGCUGGACUAGCUGCUAGCCAAAUUCAGGAUGCCACAAUCGUGCUAAGUCAAGGCACACUUGUUGGGCUGAAAGUAUUUCCCGAAACAUCUCGUAUACCGAUAUACACUUACCUUGGCAUCCCGUAUGCACAGCCUCCGAUCAAUGAAUUUCGUUUCAUGCCUCCAAUGCCAAGCUCAGGCUGGAAUCGAACGUUGUACGCACGUGACUUCAAGCCCAUUUGCCCGCAAAUUGAAAAUAGCAGCUACGAAGAUCAAGAAAGAGAAAAUCAAUUCCGUUCACGCGAUACUAGUGAAGAUUGUUUAUAUCUAAACAUAUGGAUUCCGGAAACAGCGAUUCGUUACGGUGGUUUCCCAGUACUAGUUAUGAUUACAGGAGAAGAAAUGGCCUUUGACUGGAACGUCAAUCGUGCUAGUGGGCUAGAUCUUGCCACCGAUGGCAUCAUCGUUGUUACAGUGCAGUAUAGAACCAAUGUUUUCGGAUGGUUAUCACUUGCUCAAAAAUAUGCUCCAGGAAAUCUUGGAUUGUUGGAUCAGCGACUUGCUCUUAUAUGGAUAAGAGAUAACAUUCAAAAAUUUGGAGGUGACUCAAAUCGAUUGACAUUGCUUGGGCAUGGCACUACCGGUGCCCCAAAUGUUAUGACUCACAUGGUGAGUCAACAAGCAAGAGGUCUCUUUGCACGAGCUAUUAUUAUGUCAGGCACGAUAUUUUCCCCAUACUCCGAAGUAAACAUUGACAAUAGAUUAUCUCAAGAGAUUGUAAAAAUUUUAGCCUGUAAUUUCGACGUGGGAAGAAAUGUACUGAAAUGUUUACAGCAGAAAAGCAUUCACGAUCUGUUACGUGCCUAUGAAUAUAUAUAUCGAAAUGGAAAUUACACCAUAAACCUUGGACCGAUAAUGGAUCACUAUCUACCAUCAGACCAACGAUACGUGAGUGAUGAUCCACGUUCAUUAUUUCGGUCUAGAGCUCUCGUCAUGGAAGACAUGCCUAUUAUGUUUGGAUUAACUAGCAACGAAGGUGGCUUUUUGUAUACUACAUGGAUUGAAUUAGCUCGACAAAGUCUAGAUUCGCUUAAAUCAUAUAUUAAUGAAACGCUACUACCUAACAUUAUACAGCAGUACAAUUUUCAUGGCCCUGGACAGGAUCAGAUACGCGAGGCAAUCAGUUGGAGAUAUUUCGAUCAAAUACCUCAAACAACUGUUCAUCAUUUGAACGCUAUUGUUAAGAUAGUUUCAGAGACUCAUUAUGAAAUACCAUUUUACCGAACCUUAAUGGCAUUUACCGACGCUAAACCACGAUUCACAGUCGUGUCAGGAGAUCUACCAGAAGGAGGGUUAAUCAAUAAAGAACAAAAACAAGAAAUUACUUUCAACACUAGUAACAUCUUUGCUUACCUUUUUCACCAUUCAAAUUCGAUGGACAUGAGAGGAAAAACUAAUUUUUUUGGCGGAGCAUCACACUCUUCAGAUUUACCCUUUUUAAUGGGACCUAGCCUUUAUAGAGAAAUUGGACGAAGAAGAUUAUCGCUUGUGGAAGAUAAACUGUGCAAAAAAAUACGAUCUUUGUUCACCGAAUUCAUGAAAGGAGGAAAUCCAACUCCCGGCCGGCAAUUUGAAUCAUGGAUUCCGUACACCGAAGAAUUCAAAUUUAUCAAACUAAUAUCCGCAAAGCCGGAGGCGUUCCAUCGCAGAGAUCAUGCUUCUUUUGAAAAUACAUUUGAAAAUAAUUUCGAUGAAAUUGAAGAAAAGCUUCUUGGUGCCAUGAAUGCCGAUGAAACGCCCCAGUACAAUGCCAACAUUUCGCAAAAUCCCUACAAUCUGAAUCCUAAAGUUCAGGCUGAUCAGGAAAAUAUGCGGACGUCGAAAAAAGCAUUCUUAGUUUGGAGUGUGAAAAAUUCAGAAUAUAUCUACUAUCUACGGCAAGUGAACAGCUUUUGGAGCAAGUUUCUACCCAAAUUGAGCAAGAUAAUCAAUGAAACCAAACACGAUAAUUUACGUAACCGACGCAUGGACCUGACACUCGACGAAGAGCAGGAUUUAUUUCGCGAAACAGCGACAGCUUCUAAAUACAAACAUGCAUUUUUCUCGAUGCUUACUUUGGUUUGUAUGCUACUAGCCGUUCUCUGCAUAUGCAUGUAUAUACUGAAAAAGAACAGCAACUCAAACCUUUCAAGCAUAUUAUGA